CCGGCUCCAGGGCAAAGUCCGGAGCCGCCGCCUGCCGCUCGGGAACCCGGGCCUGGGCACGGAGAUGCUGCGUGGUGGGGCUGCUCGGCAGGACGGGAGCCAGCCGCACGGUCCGUGCCCGCCCGGGGAGCCGAAGCGGCAGAGCUCUAGGGGAGGACGGCGGGGGGUGCCCGGGCGGGCCCGGGCUAAGGGGAUCCGGGCUCAGCGCCCCGCGUCGGGCAGCCGCUGGAGCCCGGCCCUUUGCCCGCUUCUAGCUGGGACCCGGAUAACCCUACCCUGCCCCGCACCAAUUAGCGCACGUCAACUACCGGCUGCUGAGGCGGCCGCUGUACAGAGACGUCUGCCCCAGUGCUGUGUGCGCUCCCCAGGGGCUGAGCGCAGCCUCUGCCCGUGUCCCGUCCAGGCUCUGCCCCGGGGGCGAGCAUAUCGUGUAGCGGUCACAUCUCCCUCAUUAACAGCCGGGACAAAGUGGGCCCAGCCCUCGCUUACUGGGUUAACUAAUAGCGUUGUAUAAGUUUACUUCAGUGCUAUUUCCCCCCACCCCCUUUAGUGAUGCUUAAACUUGAGUUCAUUAAUUGGAAAUGUUUCUAAUUUCCUCUUAAUGAUGCUGUGGUAUAUACAGUGAGCAGUAUUUAAUCUAUUCUUUGGGAUAGUAAAACAUUGAUCUUUUGUAUGUUCUCUGGAUGUCAUUCAGUGCAUAGUAGCGAACCACGGUGGGUGAGUUAUCUUUUAUUGGAUCAACUUCUGUUCAUGAGAGAGACAUACAUAUGGUAGUGACAUGGUAUUUGUUAAUAGUAAUUGCUUAUAAGUAAUAACAAGAUGUCUUAAUAUGCCAUCCUUGGAACUAAACUCCCUAUCUUUGAUUUAAGUAGUCUGCAUCUAUUGGUCUGAUAGACUAUUGCAAAACCCAUUUAUUUUUGUGGUCUUUUAGAAAUGGGAGAGUACUGUGAGGGGUUUUUUGUGAAGGGUGAUGGUGGAGGAUGCAGGUAUGAUGCAGUAUUUAUUUCCCUUCUGUCUGGUUAAUUUUAGUUGUCUUAUUAAAAAAAAAGCUUACAAAAUUGCAGUGAUAAAAGUUCUCUUGACUGUAGGCUGCUUCUCUGGCUGCAUUGAGAGCUAUGUAAAUUAGACAGUUAGUUUAGGGGGAAGUGUUGUAUUAAGAUUGUGAAGUGUGGAGCAGUAGGAGCCCUGUGAGAUUUCUGGCUUACUCAGCUAAAAUUUCUCUAGGGCAAGCUUACUGAAUGGGCAGGUCUGCCACCAUUUGUAAGGUUAGUUGGAGUGUUUUGGUCUCCUGAAGAAAAUUAGUGCCACCACUGGAACUAAUUUGGGAGUAGUACCUCUGGUUUCUAUCUUGUUUACAACUGACUCCCUGCUCAAGAAUUUGAGGAAGGGAGGGAAAAUCCCUUGCUAUUUCCAUGCGCACCCUACUCAAGACAAAUCAGUUUAAACCUAAGAGUUGUAUUUUAAAAACAACCUAAUAUGAAUCAAUUUUCCCAUUAAUUAUACUAAAAAACAAAUCAAUUAGAAAAAUAUUCCACUGCAGGAUAUUGAACCCAAACAGAGCAUUGUGAUAGUGCAUGAAUAGUAGAAAGAAACUAGCCAGAUAGCAAAGAGAAAUUAAACUGAUCUCUCUGCUUUCAUAGCCCAAGCCGAUAGUUCAUUUGCAAUGACAGGGUUGGGUCCUACCAUUGGGUUUCCCACUGAUUUCAAUGGGAUUGCACAAAGCACUAGGGCUCCAUGUUUAAGCAAGUAAAUGGCUAACCUCACUUAAUUUUAAAAACUUAAAUUAAUCUAAAAUGCUACUGAUAACUUACUGUGGACUUAAGUUCCCCUCUCCCCCAUUUUUACAGCAAUCCUUGAUGUAAGAAGAAUAGAGCAGAUCUUCUCUGAAUGGCUGUAGUUUUGUAGAUUGUAGUUGUAUUUUACUUAGGAAUGGGAUCUCUUUUUUUUUAAAUAAAGAUUAAUUGUCAAAUGUUUAAUUUCAAAUGCAAGAAUUAACUAAUUUUAUUAGCUAUGGGCUACAUCCACAGAGGGAUUGAGGUGCCUUAUCACUUUAGGUGCUUAGGUCCAAAAUGUCCAUCCUCAAAAGACUUGCUCAGCUGCCAUCUAACCCUAAAGGCCCUUGUAUGCUUAAAUUUCUGCUGGUAAAAUCCUAAAUUUCUGCUGGUGGGUAUGCACAAAGCUGCCUCAGCAUCUAGCUUAUCCCUCAACCUCAGUGGGAUCCUUGAACUACAUGUUCCCCUGCUUGUCUUGCCUGUGGGACCCAAUUUGGUAGGCAUUCUUGGAGAACACCUAAUCACAAUAAAACACUGGCAAUAUAGUGUUCCAUUUAUACCCAGUAGUUAGAGCACUCACCCAAGAUGGAGGAGAUCCAGGUUCAAAUCUCCACUCUGCCUGAGUCAGAGCAGGGAUUUGAACUCAGGUCUCCUACCUCCUAGGUGAGUGCUGUUACCACUGGUGCCUAUCUCCAGGAGAGGGUUCAUGAUUGAGUCCUGCAGCCUCUGAGUUAGGUAUUUAAAUUCCUUGCCCGAGCACUUCCUACUGGCUAGUUUAGGCAGCUCCCUGCUCAGCUUGCUGGCUUUUCUGAAUUUCCAUUCUUAGGGCCUAGUUCUCCCCCAUAUGUUGCAUAGGGAGCGUGGACACCUAACUUAGGCUGUGGAUUCUACUGGGUGGCAAGUUGCCUAAAGUUAGGUGCUGCAAUGCUAAGCUCACAUCCCCUUUGUGGAUUUGUCCAUUUGCUUUUAAAUAUAGCCUUCACCAAUUUACUAAAAGAAUCCUAGUUUAUAGGCCUAGCUUCCCAUGUCUGUUUAGUAUCUAUAAAAUAGUAGUUGUCUUAAUUGUCAGUCUUGAAAUUCCACAAAAUCUGCUUUUUCCGUUAGGUAUUAUUGUGUAGGGCUUUUCUGCACUAGACACGUAUACUGUGGGUGAUCACCAUUAAUUUAUAUUUACAGCAGCUCCUGAGCCAUACUUAAGCAUGUGUGUGGUGCCGGUGUAUAAUAUACAUGUGUGUAUGAGAGUGGCUAAAGUAAUGACAUUUGUUGGCCUUCAUCACAUUAAUUUUGCAAAUGUUCUUUUCAUUUUUUCAUUUGCAAAUUUAACACCAUUAAUUUGAGCUUGAAUAGGGACUGGGAGUGGCUGACUCACUACAAAAGCAGCUUUGCCUCUCCUGGAAUUGACACCUCCUCAUCUAUUAUUGGGAGUGGACUACAUCCACCCUGAUUGAAUUGGCCCUGUCAACACGGAGAAAAAAGAAUGGAAAUCCUUCCAGAUGCAGCUUCUCUGGCAACAAAGCUGAAAAAUACUCUAAUCCAGUACCACAGCAUUGAAGAUGGUGAAUGGCGAAUUGCUAAGAAAACGAAAGAUGCAACUGUGUGGCGGAAGCCAUCAGAAGAAUUCAGUGGAUACCUCUACAAAGCUCAAGGAGUUGUGGAAGACAUUACCAACAGAGUAGUAGAUCAUAUUCGACCUGGACCUUAUAGACUAGAUUGGGACAGCUUAAUGACUACAAUGGACAUUGUUGAAAAGUUUGAAGAGAAUUGCUGUGUAAUGCGCUACACCACUGCUGGCCAGCUGUGGAACAUCAUUUCCCCAAGAGAGUUUGUUGACUUCUCUUACACAACUCCGUAUGAAGAGGGGCUUCUAACAUGUGGAAUAAGUCUAGACUAUGGAGAGGUGAGACCUAAUUUUGUCCGUGGAUUUAAUCACCCCUGUGGCUGGUUCUGUGUCCCGCUUAAGGAUCGUCCUGACCAAAGUCUUUUGACGGGCUUCAUCCAGACUGAACUGCGAGGGAUGCUUCCUCAGUCUGCAGUAGAUACUGCUAUGGCUAGUACCCUGGCAAACUUUUACUCUGACCUCAGAAAGGCACUGAAAACAAUCAACUAUUGACCUAGAUUUCCAUACAUGCCUUGCAAUCAUCUGUUCCUCCUUCCUGUAUUGUAUCAAAGCUUUGAUUAGGUUAGCAGGUGCUGUCUAGGGGGUAUGCAUACAUCCCUGGCUUAACAUGUGGGUUUGUGUUCCUUGCUGAGCUCUGAAAAUGUAUAAUGCACAGACUGAACAUACAAAAUCAUCUGCUUCCAAGGAAGAUAGCUCAGAAUUGGGGCUCAACCCUGGUAAAUAUCAAGUUAACUCAACUCUCACUGAAACAAGGGGAGUGGAAGAGUACUCAUUAUUUUGCAAGUUCAGACCAGCUGUGCUGCCAGCAUCUUACUGAAAAUAGAAUUUUAUAGUGUAUACCUUUUUAUUUUUAAGGAGCUCCUUUAAAAGAUUGAGAAAGAUACAGUCUGUAUGUGCAUGUUUCUAUUUUUUAUACAUUUUAGUUUAAUCCAAAAUGAGAUUUUAACAGUCUGUAUUAAGGCUCAGAGUGGAAUUCCCCAAAGGGAUAUUAAAUUGCAUAUUAUCACUUAAAAACUGAGCUAUUAUUUGAGAGCUAAAGAUUGACAUUAGCAAAUACCUGUUAUUGGCAUUUCCUAAAUAUUAGUCUUAUCUAUGAUUGGAACACUUCUUAAAUACAGUAGUUAUGUCAAGAUACUAAAUAUUUAGUAGGAAUGCAUUUAUAGCUGCUCAGAGCCUAUUGAAGUCAAUACGAGUCUUUCCAUUGUUUUUAUUAGUGAUGGAUCAGGCCCACAUUAAUCAAAGCACAAAACCCCAAGACAUCCAUCCAUUAUUCCUUCGUGCAACUUAGCUUUUAAAAGCAGAAAUGUAUUUAUGUAUCUACUGUAGAUUGGGUUUUAUUGGUUACUAUUGGAAACCCUAACCCAUUUUUUCCCCCACAGUUCAAUUUAAAAAAAAAAAACCACUCAGUAACAUUUUUAAUUCCUCCUCCGCCCCCUAUAUCUUUCUUUUGGAUUAUAUCAUAAAAUUUGAGGUUAAAUAUUACAUCUGGAUAUGGAAGGAGCUGAUAAAGGCAAUGUAACCGCUUACAGCUUUUCCCAUGUUAAAUGACCAAACAUUCUCUGAAUUGAAAAUUGGGUGUAACUAACCACAAUAAAAUGCUCUGCAAACAUGAAUAUUUUAUCUGUUUAAAAAAAGAAAAAAAAUGUAAAUCUCAAGAACCUGGGUAAGCAACAAGCAGAAACCCAAA